GCCUUCUCGUCAGUAAGGAAGAAAGCGCGUUUGGUCGCGCUAGUGUAGUGACUGUUUUUUUAAUCCACUCGAGUGCGUUUUGGAUACAAUGAGGUUUUUGUUUUGGGUCACAGCCUUGGCUGUGCUCAGCUUAUCCUACGCGAAGAAUUCGACAACGAAAACGAAACCGAAAAGACAACUAGAUAACAUUAGAACGCCGCAAAAUCUGCAAUACUCCUUGGUUCUUCCUCAUUCAAGAGUAUCACAUUUUCGAUCCAUAUCUAGUAGCCGAAGAAUAUCUAAUGGAUCGCCACGGGGCCGAUUACCUCCGUAUGCCGUACAAAUGGAACCAGUCGUACAAUACUCACAGAAGGAUCCACUUUAUGAUCCAAAACUUGACAAUUACGACGAUGCCGUACUUCAUAAAAACGACAUUGCUCAAUCGAAAAUAUUGAACAUAAAUGAUCAAAGUGCUGAAGGUUCUUAUGGACCUCCUUACGGUAGCUUACCAACCGCUCCUCUGUACAGUAACGAACAUUCUCAUUACAUAGAAGCCCCAGAACCAAUUAUAGAAAUUAUCAUCAAAGAAUCAAAUGAGUCAUUACCUGCACCACCUCCCGCACUUAUUCAAAAAAAGAAAAAGGAGCCUGUUCAAGUAUUUUACGUUAAAUACAGCAAAGAUCCUCAUUCUCAUGAUAAGGUUAUCUAUGAAAAGCCAAUACCAGCUAUAACUCCUCCAUCUAAUGACGAAGAUGACCACCACGACUACGUAACAGUAACACCAGAACCAUAUUAUGUGCCUCCUCAAACAACAACACUUCGAGCAAUUAUAAAACCGGAGUCUGAAAUAUACCACACGGACAGUAACGUAAAAGUAACUUUUGGUAAUGAAGGCCGUCAUUAUACUUAUAAUAGACGAGAAGAAAGUCCGACUGAAGGCCAUGAAGAAACUGCUCCUAGACCAGCUAUUGCUCUACCAAAUUCGCAACCCACUCAAAUACCUUUGGAACGAUCAAUAUCAUCGAAUUCCCAAUAUCAAGACCAUUCGCAAAGAAUAGUACAAAGUUCCUCUCAAACCUAUCAACCUGUUCAAGGAAACCAAAAUCGUUUCCAGCAGCCCUAUUUAAACCAUGAAAAUACGUUGCCCCGGCAAAGGCCACCGAUUGUACAAUUUAAAUCAGAAACACCAACACACAGGCAAAACACUUUUGGACCCCAAACAUCCCCAAACCGCGCCGUUUUUUCAAAUACUCCACCUACAUCUAAUAACCACUAUUCCAAUACUGGACCACCAAUACCUGGCCCAAUAGGUCCAAUUCUACCUACGCUUUCUAGACCUAACAGCCCACCUUCAUUCCAUACCAGAUCUAACAAUCAGUUCUCACAAAGACAACAUUUUAAUAGUCCUUCUCGAACUACUUUCCACUCCGGGCCACAAAGGCCAAUACAUUCUCAACCUCAACCAUAUUUUGAUGAAGCUAAAUAUCUUCAAGAAAAUUAUCACACUAUAACUACUGACAAUGUUGAGCCAUCCAAGCAACAAUUACUACCAGCAAAACAAACUCAAACAUUUAAUCUUGGUGCUAAGGCUAGUAAUCAAAAUUCCAAUCCAAUUAUAUUUAAUGAUCGUCCUCACUCCCUUAUCCCGUACAACCAGCAGUUGCCACUGCAACGACCUUCUCAACACUUUGAUUCAUCAAACAGAGUCACAUUUGGUGCUGCGCCAACAAGGCCUACAUUCUUUAAUCUCAAGCCGUCGCCUCCACAAAUUGACAACAACCGGCCUCCGUUCAACCGUCAGCCACAACAACAAUUCAGUUUUCACCAGGGCCCCCAAAAUGUCCCAAGACCUUCAAAUCCUGAUCAUAAUCAAAAUUCCUUUUCAGCGCACAAUGUAGUAUCACCAUCUCCAUCUCCAAUCCCUCAAACACAAUUUCUUCCUCAACCAUCUUCACCUCCCUUGUUUAGUUUCCAUCCUCAGCCAUCAUCUCCACCUCAACAAUCUGGUUUUCAAUCAUCAGAAAGGCCGUUAAACCAAGACAAUCUACAUCAACAGCACAUAUCUCAAUUUAUUCCACAGAACGGUGAACUUGUACCUGCCGUAUCAAAAUACGAACAACAUAUAACAGUCAGUGACCCAACUGCACAACCUAAUUAUAGUGGAUUUUCUGGUUUUCAAGCAUCAACCAAUCCUAGUCAACCUCAACUACAAUUUUCACAGCAACAGUUGCAACAACAGAUUCGUAUAGAACAACAACAGCAAGAAGCUCAGACACAACAGCGUCAACACGAGGCUCACCUUCAGCAACAACAUCAGCAAGCGCAAUUACAACAACGUCAACACGACGCUAACAUACAACAUCAACAGCAACAACAAGCUCAAUUACAACAGCACCAGCAACAGGCUCGCUUACAACAGCAACAACAAUCUCAACAAGAACAACAGACACGUAGUGAAUCUCAGCAGCAAUACGUUGAUGCUGAACAAGAACAAGUAAGACAACAGUUAGCUCAGAAUGUUCGCAAGCAACAAGAAGAAAUUAAUCGGCUCCAAAAUCAGCUAGCACAUGCACAGCAACAACACCAACAGUAUCAAAAUAAUCAGUAUGAGAAUCAAUACAGUCAGCAGCAAUCUAAUUCGCCACAGACACAAUAUGUCCAAGAGAGGUCGAGACCACAAUCUAAUUAUGUCACUAGCACACCUGCAUCUCCUUAUUAUCAGUCUACUGCCAGAACCGUAGAAAUCAAACCAACUCCAAAAUACAUAUCUUCAUCAACAGCAAAUUCAAUUAGCACAACCCCUGCACCAAAAAGAGACGAAAAGAAAAAGCCGACGAUUGAACUUCCCGAUGAAGUGCCAGAUGAUCUACGUCAACAGUUGUUAUCUUCAGGUAUUUUGGAUAAUGCUGAUAUCAGCGUGCUUGACUACGAUAAAGUUGGCGAAACACCUUUAGAGUCGUUACCGCCCGACCAACUCGCUAAUUUCUUCAGUGCAGGUGGUGGUCAACAAAUAGCCGCAAGUGAACACAAACCAAUAGUUGUUGCCCCAAAUGGAGAUCAAAUCGAAUCGCGAAUAGAUGAGGAUUCUGACAGUGACGACCAAGACUUAUCAGCAUCUGAAAAUGUGGAAACAUAUGCCGAGCUGCCUGAGAACAAAGAUGUUGAAAUGAAAGUGGUACAUUUUGAUCCACACUCGGCAGAAGGACAAAAAAUUGCGAGUGACUACGUUAAAGAAGAUGCGACUCAAGUAGAUCCAGUAGCUUUGAAUGAUAAGAAAUAUAACCGGUAUUUACCACUUAAAGUUAGUGGAAAUCAGUUCCCUAUUCCCGAUAUUGUUAAGGGUAGGAAAGUGACGUCUGUAGUCGUAUUAGCACCAGUAGAAACGGAAAAUCUAAGUAAGGAUCACACCCGAGAAGAAAGAGCAACACGAGAUGGUCUAAGAGGAAUUAAAUUUAUUGCUGGUGACAGUUUACACAAACUUUUAAACCAACCUUCGAGAGAUAACUUUAAGAAAUGGUUGGAUGUUGAAAAGAAGACAGUCACAGAUCAGCAAUCAGUUGUUCUUCUGGUAACUGAAAGUGAAGACCCUAAGGAAGAGAGAGAAAUAUUCAUGUACGACAUAUCGUCAGGCAGUGUCAACAAAUUAAACGGAGAACUUUCGAAUGCUUUUGUUGAGGCAGCAGAGAAUAACUCACUAAGUAAGGACAUAGAAAAAUUGGCAAUCGAAGGUGAUGGCACCCCAGAAGACUUUAGGAAAGAUAAGAGUGAUAUAGAAGCAGAUGGAUCAGAAAAUGUGCCAUUGUUUGUUGAUAUUUCUGGUCUAAGCUUAGACCAAGAGAGUAGCCAAGUAUCAAUAACAUCCGGGUACAGUAAAACGAAGCAUGGAAGGGAGUUAAGAAGACGUAUUUAAUUUUAGUUCAGCUGCGACUGACGUUUGUAAAUAGAUAGUGUUAGUAUUACUAAAUUAUAACGACGUGAUGUUAUGUAUGUAUGUCGUAACUUUUUCUAGAGAAAGUGAUAAUCGAGCUGUAUAUAAAAGAUAUACCUAAUGAA